CGGCCGUUGACUAUUUAAGUAGUACAAAAGAUCAUUCUCUGCUGUCUACUGCCAUUGUCUGAAUCUUUAUUCUUCUACCAUUGGAGAAUGGGUAGUGGAAGUUCCAAAAAUGGUUCACCUUCAACUUCUCGAAGGGCUAGGCUUCGUCAAAAGCUUAAGCGUAUUGUUCAUCGUGGAAAUCGUUCCAAUCAUUUUUCUUCCGAUGUUUAUAAGUUGAUUACUGCCGAGGAUUUUGCUGGAAUUGUUCUUCUCAAUCUCAUCUCUGCAAAGAUGACAUUUAAGGACAAAUGGUUGGCUUGCGUUUCACUUGGAGAACAAACAUUCAGAACAAACAUCACUGAGAACACAGAUGAGCCUGUUUGGAAUUCAGAGAAGAAACUUCUUCUAGAGAGCAAUGGCCCUCAUAUUGCAAGAAUAUCUGUCUAUGAGACCAACUUGUUGAAGAAGAACAAUCUCAUAGGUUACUGUGAGGUUGAUCUGAUGUUGUUUUUAACUGAGGACUCAGAUUCUGAUGUAGUUGAAGUUGAUCUUUUGGAUCCAUCCAAAACUGAUGUGGUUGGGAAACUAUCUUUCUCGUGCUUUGUUGAGGAUCCAGAAGAAACAGAAAAGGACUUUGCUCGUCGCAUUUUAUCUGUAGUGGAUUAUAAUGAUGAUGGCAAACUUUGUUUUUCGGAAUUCUCUGCGUUAAUCGAUGCAUUUGGCAAUCAAGUGGCGGCUGCGAAGAAAGAAGAUCUCUUCAAAGAUGCAGAUAAAAAUGGGGAUGGUGCUGUCAGCAUUGAUGAAUUGGCUGCACUACUUGCUUUUCAUCAAGAAAAGGAACCACUUAUUAACUGUUGUCCUGUCUGUGGUGAAAUUCUCGAUACUUCCAAUUGGGUUGGUAGUAUGGUUCAUAUGAGUUUGUGUUUCAAUGAUGGUACUGGAAACAACAUCAUGAGUGGGGGUUUCUUAACUGAUAAGCAGGCAUCGCAUGGAUGGCUACUUAAAAUGAGUGAGUGGGCUCAAUACUCUUCUUAUGGCAUUGGCUUACAUUCAGGCUCAAAGGCUGGACACAUUCUGGUUUUUGAUCGUACAUCAAAAAUGCUGGUGGAAGAACUAAUUUCUGGGAAGAUUCUUUUGUCGAUGAGAGCCUUAUAUCAAGCUAAAGUAGGGCUUUACUUUCUUGAAAAAGGAGGCAAGGAAAUUUUGCAGCGUCUCUCUGAAAAGCAGGGGGAAACAAUGGAGUUGCCUGAUUCUGUAGAAGAGAUACCAAAAUUUAUCGAAACUUUCAAGGAUCAGCUGAACUUAUCUGAAGUGAAAUACCCUUUGGAUCACUUUAAGACGUUUAAUGAAUUUUUCAUUAGGGAACUUAAGCCUGGUGCAAGACCCAUUGCUUUCAUGGAUCGUGAUGAUGUUGCAGUAUGCGCCGCUGAUUCUCGUUUAAUGGCUUUUAGAAAUGUUGAAGAGAGCACCAGAUUGUGGAUUAAGGGUCGAAAAUUCUCUAUUCAAGGAUUAUUGGGAAAUGAUGUUUCUACUGAUUCUUUCAUUGGUGGAGAACUAGUGAUAUUUCGGUUGGCUCCUCAGGAUUAUCAUCGUUUUCAUUUACCAGUAUCGGGGACAAUUGAGCGCUUUGUUCAUAUACCUGGAUGCUUAUAUACUGUUAACCCGAUUGCUGUAAAUAGCAAUUGUAACGUCUUUACAGAGAAUAAGAGAGUUGUCUCCAUCAUUUCAACUGCAAAUUUUGGAAAGGUGGCUUUUGUUGCUAUUGGAGCAACAAUGGUUGGAAGUAUUACAUUUACUAAAAAGGAGGGUGACUAUGUUCAGAAGGGUGAUGAGUUUGGAUAUUUCUCAUUUGGUGGAAGCACUGUAAUAUGUGUCUUUGAGAAGAAUGUGAUAGAAUUGGAUGAGGAUCUCCUAGACAAUAGUAGUCGCUCGCUUGAGACUUUGGUUCGAAUGGGAAUGACACUAGGUGUAUCCACCAAAAGAGACUUGCAUUGAUGACAUCAACUAUCACUAAUUUCCUGCUUCAUAUUCGAGUGGUACUUCAUAAACCUAAUAACAAUGUUGUGUAUUGCAUCUCUCUGUCACCUCUCAUUCUUUAGCAUGUUGCAUCUAUCUGAUCAAAAUCCACAAUCAACACUAUCUUUUCGUGUUUGUGAUUCUAUACGAUUGACUAGAUCGGCAUCUUUGAAAUCCUGUCUGUUGGGGCUUGAUUGCCAUAUGUAUGAAGAAAAGGUUCUGGGUUGGUAGGCUUGCAUGAUGCAUCCCAUUUGUUGAUGAUAUUGUUGCCAGGCUAUACACCAUAUUUAAAAAACAAACAUAUUUCUCAUCGUCAUUUUUCCUUGUCCUUUGCUGAACCCAAAAAGGAAGAAAAACUGACGGUUAUUCCAUGAACCUGCCGUUCAUAUGAGUUCUAUGAGAGAACUCUUGAAAUUGAGAUUAUUUUUUGUUCAUAGAGAUCCGCUGAGAUUGUCAGCCGAUGCCAUUCUCAAGGGAUCUCUGCGCUUUGGUCUUGCCAUGCUCAAUCGAGCCAAUGUGAAAGGUAUUGUGGAAGUUUUAAUUUUUUCUACCAACACUUUGACAAUGUGAUUAUUAUCUUAUUUUUAAAGAAAUUUGUUCAUAAUAGGAUACAACUUAUAUAUGUUGACAUGGUAA